CUUUUCAUUUCAGAAAUGGAAAAUCCUGAAGUGGCUGUGAGCAGCUGCAGUGGUCACGAUGAUGCAAAUCUUUGCAGCUACAAACGACACCUGUCAGUAUCACAGGAGGGCCUUUUGGAAGACCAGCUUAGAAGGAAGUUAAAAUUCUUCUUCAUGAACCCAUGUGAGAAAUUCUGGGCCCGGGGCAGGAAACCUUGGAAACUUGGGAUUCAGCUACUCAAAAUAGCAAUGGUUACUAUUCAGCUGGUGAUUUUUGGAUUGAGCAAUCAAAUGGUGGUUGCCUUCAAAGAAGAGAACACUGUUGCAUUCAAACAUCUCUUCUUGAAAGGAUACAUGGACAGAAUGGAUGAUACCUAUGCUGUAUACACACAAACAGAUGUCUAUGACCAGAUAUUCUUUGCAAUAAACCAGUACUUACAGCUGCCCAACAUCUCUGUUGGAAACCAUGCUUAUGAGAAGAAGGGAGCAGAAGAGACAGCUCUGGCCGUGUGUCAGCAGUUCUACAAGCGAGGAACUAUCUGUCCUGGAAACGACACCUUUGAUAUAGACCCAGAGAUUGUGACUGACUGCUUGUACAUUGAGCCAAUGGUGCCGUUAGACAACACAACAGUGGGAAAGCACAAUUUGAAUUUCACUCUGGAUUUCCACAGACUGGUGACGGUGCAGCUCAUGUUCAAUCUGAAGGCAAUCAACCUCCAGACUGUUCGUCACCACGAGCUCCCUGACUGUUACGAUUUCACUCUGACGAUAGUGUUUGAUAAUAAAGCACAUAGUGGAAGAAUUAAAAUAAGUCUAGACAACGACAUAGCAAUCAGGGAAUGUAAAGACUGGCAUGUUUCUGGAUCAAUACAGAAGAACACUCAUUACAUGAUGAUCUUCGAUGCUUUUGUUAUAUUGACUUGUCUGGCCUCAUUGAUCCUUUGCACACGAUCAGUGGUUAAAGGAAUUCAGCUCCAAAGAGAAUUUGUAAGCUUUUUCCUAUAUUAUUAUAAGAAAGAAGUAUCUUUCAGUGAUCAAAUGGAAUUUGUCAACGGAUGGUACAUCCUGAUUAUGGUUAGCGAUGUCUUAACUAUUGUUGGAUCAACUCUAAAGAUGGAGAUACAAGCCAAGAGUCUGACAAGUUACGAUGUCUGUAGCAUACUCCUAGGAACAUCCACUAUGCUUGUGUGGCUUGGAGUUAUUCGCUACCUAGGUUUCUUUCAGAAGUAUAAUCUUCUCAUCCUAACACUGCGAGCAGCAUUACCCAACGUAAUGAGGUUCUGCUGUUGUGCUGCUAUGAUCUACCUGGGCUAUUGUUUCUGUGGAUGGAUUGUACUGGGACCAUACCAUGUGAAGUUUCGCUCUCUGAACGUGGUUUCUGAAUGCCUUUUUUCAUUGAUCAAUGGAGAUGACAUGUUUGCCACCUUUGCAAAAAUGCAGCAGAAAAGUUACUUGGUUUGGUUAUUCAGUAGGAUCUACCUCUACUCCUUCAUCAGUCUGUUCAUCUAUAUGGUGCUGAGUCUCUUCAUUGCACUCAUUACAGAUACAUAUGAAACUGUCAAGCACUACCAGCAAGAUGGCUUUCCAGAGACAGAACUUCAGAGAUUUAUAUCACAGUGCAAAGACUUACCAAACUCUGGCAGGUACAGGUUAGAGGAGGAGAGUUCUGCAUCUCUCUUCUGUUGUUGUAACGGUUGUAAUGAACAUAUUUAAUGGAUUGUGGGAGUGUAUCAUGGAGGCUUUAAAGCAGCACACAUUGCAAGAACUGGACAGUGGAGCUGGUGGAAAACCUUAUACCUAAAGCCUGAAUUUGCUUUUCUCGAAAAACAGUGUAAGCCUGUGGCAGAAGCUUGUGAUAAACUUAGUCUUUCUGAUUAGGCACUCUCACUGCUAGUUCAGGGGGUUUGGGGGUUUGGUUUUUUAUUAGCUUUGUCUAUUUGUUUCCUCAGUUAAAUUGUGCUACAAUGCAAAGGGCAUUAAAAAGCUGUCUGUGUUCAGAGACUUGGCUAGAUUGUGUGAGUAGACUAGAAAUGCAGUAACUUUCAACUAUAAGUAGUAGUAGUGCUGGACAACUGCAACUUUGAACACCAGCCUAGCCCUCAGUACUGCAGGCAUUAUCUAGCUAUGGCUGACCCGUCGCUGGAUGAACGAAAGCUCACUCUAGAGCCCUCAGCAUUUUUUGUUUAUCUGUACUCAUAGUAAAAAUAAACUAAAACUAUGAAAUUUGGUGUAAUUUGUUUCUGGAGACAUUACAGUGAAUUGAUGCACAAGCCAUUCAAAUAUGGCUGAGAGCAUAAACCAAAUAUUUCUAUAAACAUAAGUACCACUUGACGUCAGAGGCAGUCUCUUCUCAGAGAGGCUGGGGAUAUGCCAGGCCAGAACUGAAG